AAUUUUUUCUGACAAAUUCUUCAUCAAGGACUUGGAUUCUCAAGAAAUUCUGCAUGUCGGAACUCUUGACAAAGGCCUCUACAAAUUCUCCUUGGACCAUGGCUUGGGUCAUUCAUCUCCAAUUCAAGCUCAUAGUGCUACAAGAGAAACUUGGCAUGCUCACCUUGGGCAUGCUUGA